AUUCCUCCCCCUUCCCUCCCCUCACUAGCGGGCCAUGAAGGCUCAAGUUGGCGACCCUCCAAGGGGUCGUCUAUUGCCGGCCCUUGCCGUGGCCUUAGCCAUUCUCUUCACUAGCAAUGUAGCCACCGUCUCCGGUGAUUCGUACGACUAUAAGUCGCCGCCACCGCCCUCGCCUUCACCUCCUCCACCAUAUGUCUACAAGUCCCCUCCUCCACCAUCACCAUCUCCUCCUCCACCAUAUGUUUACAAGUCUCCUCCACCACCUUCUCCUUCACCUCCACCACCAUACAAAUAUGUGUCCCCUCCACCUCCAGAGAAGUCACCACCUCCACCAUAUGUCUACAAGUCUCCUCCACCACCUUCGCCAUCUCCUCCGCCACCUUACCAUUAUGCAUCUCCACCACCAUCAAAGAAGUCCCCUCCACCACCCUAUUAUUACAAGUCCCCACUUCCACCAUCAAAAUCACCUCCACCAUACUACUACAAAUCUCCACCUCCUCCAUACUACGAUGAGCCUGUUGUCAAGGUAGUUGGACAGGUCUACUGUUACGAGUGCUAUGAUUGGAAAGACACAGUGGAUUCCCACAUCAAGAAACUCCUUGAAGGUGCCAUCGUUAAGGUGACGUGCAUGGCCGGCUCCAAGGCCUACGUGGCCUACGGCGAGACCAAGAGCUACGGCAAAUACAGCGUCGUCGUCGAAGGCUUCCCCUACUCCAAGUAUGGCACCGAGGCUUGCAAGGUCGAGCUCGACGCCGCGCCCAAGGGGUCGACAUGCAACAUCCCCACCGAGCUCAACAAGGGGGCCAAGCUCGAGGUUGAGUCCAAGUCCCACGAGGAGGUGGUCCUCAUGGCCAAGCCCCUCGCCUUUGCCCCGGAAAAGCCCUCCGAGGAGUGCAACAAGUUCAUGCCCCCUUACUACUAUAAGUCCCCUCCACCGCCGAUGAAGUCUCCUCCUCCUCCCUAUGUAUACAAGUCACCACCACCAGCCUCACCAUCUCCUCCUCCUCCCUAUGUGUACAAGUCCCCACCACCACCCUCACCAUCUCCCCCUCCUCCCUAUGUAUACAAGUCUCCACCACCACCCUCACCAUCUCCUCCUCCUCCCUAUGAAUACAAGUCACCACCACCACCCUCAUCAUCUCCUCCUCCUCCCUAUGUCUACAAGUCCCCUCCACCACCAAUAAAGUCCCCACCUCCUCCCUACCACUACACCUCCCCACCACCACCUCCCACCUACUACUAAGCAUAAACCCAUGGAUGGACUCUUUCCCUCCUUCGUAAUCAUGUUGUAGGGCAGGUGGAAUAAAGGAAGGGUGGAAGAGAUGCCAAAGAGAGGCCUUCUGGUAUCAAAGAAAGAUCUAGCUCGGGUUGGGUGGUUUAUUUUAUACUAUUUGUUUCCUCGGUACAUUGGUAUUUGCUGUAUGCUUGUACGUGUUGGGCCUAUUACUUCUA